AUGGAGGUCUCUAUUGAGAAUAAAAGAAUUAAAACUGAGUUUGAUAAGUUGCAAAAAUAACUGCAGGAAAUGAAGUUAAAUGGAAAUUAAUCUUAUACUGAAGAUACUAUGUCAACUAAUAGUUCUAAUGGUCACUAUAAUAAUAACUCCUAAAACAAUUCAUAGAAUAGCUAAUAAACUCCAAGAGAUACUAAUGGCGUGACUAAGUUGUUCAAAUUAUUUGGUGCUGGUGCUCUCAUAUAAGGGAAUAACAAUGUUGUCAACUAAUAGUAAUAAUAACAAAAGAAAAAUCAACCUGUUCCCCAGCCGACGCCCUAAAAGAAGCCAAUAGUUGUUGAUGAAUAAUAUGAAAAUGAAUAGAAAUAGGUAAUAAAUAAUAUGUAAGAUCAGAUCCUUAGUAAGAUAAUGGAAAUCAAAGGUCUUUAAAAAUAAAUAGAAGACUUAAAUCAAGAAUUAGGAAAAACAAAAGGAAAUAUAGCAAUCGUUAAAGAGAGAUGUGAAGAUUUGAGCACUGACAUUGAGAUUUAUUAGGCUAAUUAAAGAAAAACAGACCAAAUGCUGAUUUAGAAGGACAAAGAGAUAAGUGACCUUAAGCUUGAACUACAAAAAGUUAGAUCAACAUCAGAAAAAGAAUUGAAGAAACUUAGGAAAGCCUAUGAACAAUAGACCUAGACAAAAUAACCAUCUUAGCCAAUGAGUGGAGGAAAUACUGCAAAUACAGCCUAGAUUGUGAGUACAGGUGGAAGUAAUUAGGGAAAUAAAUCAUCAGUAAGGACUGGAGAGAAGUCAAUGUUUGAUCCGUUCUCAAUGUUUAGGAACCAACAUCCAGAAAAUAGACUGUCUAUUCAAUCUAGAGGAAAAAUGGAUCUUAAUUCUACUUUUGCUGAUCCUGGAGGUGACAACAUGUUUGCUAAUGAAAUAGAUUCUAAUAGUAAAAAGACAUCAAUUGAUGACAGUGCUACCAAGGCAAUGUCUAGGAAUAGAAUGGGAACUUAAAAGUCUCACUUGUUUUAGAGAACCCUCGGGAUUUUAGGCUUUGGUAAAUAAUAAGAACAGCCAUAGGUUACCCCUGAAAACUAACUUAGCUUAUGA